GGAGCAGCGAUGCUAAAGCUAAAGCUAAUGCUAACGCUAACUAACAUGCAGCGCUGAGGCUGCGGACAGCUGGCGGGGCGGCGGCGCGGACAGUCCGGCGCUGAGAGAGCCUGAGGACCGGGGCUACCGCUGUCCGGCUGGAGGGUUCUGGGGACGGUUCGGCUUGUUAAGCGGCGGUUUGAGAGUCGGGGUGAAGUCGUUAGUGUGUCUGUUUUUAUACUAAAGCUGCGGGGAGUCGGUUCUCCGGUCUCUGAACUCGCGGGGGAACAGUUUUUUUAUCGGGUUGACACGAAAUUAGCUGAAUUAACAACUAAUCUUUGUGGUUUAUUGAGGAGAUUUGGGGAAGGAGAGGGUCGUGGCCCGGUGAGUUAGUUAGUUAGCAUAGCUAGUUAGGCUAGCUAGCUCCGCGUACAGCGUCUAACAGCGUCUCGCUGAGCCGGUAUCUCGGGCUGAAGGCCGGCCGACACGGGUGAACAUUCUGGGGCGGGGACUGGAGGACUAACCGGAGGAAUAACCGGAGGACUGGAGGAAAAACAGUGGGAGGAAAAGCUGCAGCUGCAGCAGCACAGCCUGCUAACCUGACCGGAGAAACAGGAGAUUAAUGGAGUAAAGCGAACUAAGUGACAACAGAGCUAAAGUAUGGAUUCUUCUCUGGAUCUCUGCGAGGAGAAAUGUCUGACUACGGUGAGGGGGCAUGAGCUGAGGGCUGGCCAGCGAGAACCAAGACUCCUCUCGUUACUGGAGCGCUCGGGACAGUUUACGUUGGGUAUUUUGGCCAAUCCUGAGGCAGUGGUGUCCACCCCAGUCCCACAGCUGUCUAUACCCAUCAACAAGCACUUUCAGUUAGUACGAGAAGCUGAGGAGGCUCUUCUCAUUGACAUCUCAAUAAGCACGACGCUGAAGAUUCGUAUCCGAGGGGAGCGGCUUCCCGAGCUGUUGCUGGAGUUACAGGAUGAUGAGCGAACGCAGACAUUUUUCCAGCAGGUGAUGAAGGCUAAGCAGCAAGUUGAAGCUAAAAGUUCACUGCCCAGGAAGAUGGAGCCGGUUGUUCCAGCACCAGUUAAAGCCCCUGUCCCAGUGCCCCCUCAGAGAGGAACCUCCAAACCAGCAAACGCCUCCAAGAACCUGGUGCAGGGCGGCACCACCAACAACAGCACCACAGGAAAGCAUUUAGGUACCGAUUCUGCCAACCCCUCAGCCGGUGUCACACAGACAGAUUUAAGUUUUGAUCAUAUAAACCAUGUUUCUAAAGUGGAGGAAAAGAAGAACCAGCAGAACCGUAUCGUCGCCCAGAGGGAGCCUCCUCCCGUACCUCCUCUUCCUCCCAGGAAAGGCUCCUACACGCCCCCCUCUGCUCAAGUGGCCGGCCCACCACCCAAAGAUAGACCACCUCCUGUGUCACAAGUCGCCACACCCAUCAGACAAGAGUACAGUUCAGCUCCAGACCGCUCCAGCUCCUGGUCCGACAGCCCGACUACACAAAGCAUGAGGCAGGCCAUGUACAGCAGCCAGGCAGGCAUGAGGGAGGGUCUGCUGAAAUACCGCUUAGGAAAGAAGGAGAAUGAGUACGUGGACAUCCACAGCUUCAGAUUCUUUGCAGGAACGUGGAAUGUGAACGGUCAGUCUCCGGAUAGCGUUUUAGAUCCGUGGUUGUGUUCUGACCAGGAGCCUCCUGAUAUGUAUGCACUGGGAUUUCAAGAACUGGAUUUGAGCACUGAGGCCUUUUUCUACAUGGACUCGUCCAAAGAGCAGCUGUGGGUGGAUGCAGUGGAGCGAUGCCUUCAAAACCACAAAGCCAAGUAUAAACGGGUUCGCACUAUUCGUCUGGUGGGGAUGAUGCUGGUGGUGUUUGUGAAAAAAGAGCACAAGAACCACAUCAGGGAUGUGGCUGCGGAGACUGUAGGAACCGGUCUGAUGAAUAAAAUGGGAAAUAAAGGGGGCGUGGCAGUGCGGUUCGUGUUCCACAACACCAGCUUCUGCAUCGUUAACUCUCACCUGGCGGCGCACGUGGAGGACUUCGAGCGGCGGAACCAGGACUACAAGGACAUCUGCGCCCGAAUGAGCUUCCACCUCAUGGAGCACCCACCACUCAGUAUCGUCAAACACGAUGUGGUGAUUUGGCUGGGAGAUCUGAACUACAGGCUGUUUGUUUAUGAUGCAGCUGAAGUGAAGAAACUGAUAGCGGAGAACGAGCUGCGGAAGCUGCAGGAGUGUGAUCAGCUGAACAUCCAGAGACACACAAAGCGUGCCUUCACCGACUUCAUGGAGGGGGAGAUCCAUUUCGUUCCUACUUAUAAAUAUGAUGCAAAAUCAGACAGAUGGGAUUCAAGUGGGAAGUGCCGGGUCCCUGCCUGGUGCGACCGUAUUCUGUGGAGAGGAAAUAACGUCAAGCAGUUGCACUACCGCAGUCAUAUGGAGCUGAAGACCAGCGAUCACAAACCCGUCAGCGCUCUCUUCAGCAUCGGGGUGAAAAUGGUGAACGAACUGCGCUAUAAGAAGGUGUUUGAGGAGAUCGUUCGUGAUAUGGACAGGAUGGAGAAUGAUUUCCUGCCCUCUCUGUUAUUGACUCGAAGAGAGUUCACCUUUGAGAAUGUGAAGUUUCGUCAGCUGCAGAGACAGAGUUUCCUCAUCACUAAUGAUGGACAGGUUCCCUGUACUUUCGCCUUCAUCCCCAAACUCACCGACUCUCAGUACUGCAAACCCUGGCUGAGAGCUGAACCCAGUGACGGUCUCCUCGACCCUAACGAGACCAUGGAGAUCAUGCUGGAGGUUUAUGUGAGUAAAGACUCAGUAACUUUACUGAACUCUGGAGAGGAUAAAAUCGAGGACAUCCUGGUGCUGCACCUGGACCGAGGGAAGGACUACUUUAUCACUGUGUCCGGAAACUACCUGCCCUGCUGUUUCGGAACUUCAUUAGAGACUCUGUGCCGAAUGAAGAAACCCAUCAGGGAAAUCCCAAUUACCAAACUCAUCGACUUGGGGGAGGAUAGCUACAUGGAAAAGGAAAAGACCAGGAUGAACUUCCUGUUGGAGAGCACCAACACAGAAGACAAACCCUUAAAAAUCCCCAAGGAGAUCUGGCUGCUGGUUAACCAUCUCUUCACCAAGGCGUGUCAACAGGAGGAGCUUUUCCAGACCCCUGGGCUGCAGGACGAGCUGCAGAAUAUCAUCGACUGCUUGGACACGAGCAUUCCCGACUCUAUCCCUGGCUGUAAUCACUCAGUGGCUGAGGCGCUGCUGAUCUUCCUGGAGGCUCUGCCUGAGCCGGUGGUGUGUUACGAGCUCUAUCAGAAGUGUCUCGAAUGCUCGCAUGACAGCCGCCUCUGUAAACAGUUAAUAUCUCAGCUCCCUCGAGCUCAUCGCAACGUGUUCCGCUACCUGAUGGCUUUCCUGAGAGAACUGCUGAAGCACUCUAUCGACAACAAUCUUACUGCCAACCUGCUAGCUACCCUCUUCGCAAGCCUUCUGAUCCGGCCACCACCGAACCUCACCGGCAGACAGACCCCCAACGACCGGCAGAGAGCCAACGACUUCAUCCUGGGCUUUCUGAUGGGCAGUGAUGAGGACUGAGGAGCCACUCGGAGAUGAUGGGUCAUACAUCCCUUAAUUAAUCCAUCCGAUGGUGACCUGGUGUGUGUGUGUAAGUGUGUGUAUGUGUAUGUGUGUUUGUGUGUGUGAGUGAGCGGCAUAACCUACUAGACAUCAUUGGACCGACCCCACACUAUGAUGGCUGAUGGAAUGGCCUGAUGAACAGCAUGGAAUUAAGACUGAUGCUCCUUUCAAGCCUCUUUUUGAGCCCCUACAGACUCUACUCAUUGGCUCUGGUGUGCUGUUCCUCUGUUUUGGAGCUGUUUCUGAUUGGACGCGUGGACCGGUGUGGCUCUGGGAGCUUUAAAGGCUCGGUCCUUGCUUUGGCCUUGAGGCAUUUAAUGUUUUCCUGCACUUUUUGACCUCUGGUGGGAUGUUCUGAUGCCAAAACCAAAAACUCUUCACCUGGUUUGUGCGUGCGUGUGUCUUGUGUGUGAGCUUGUGAGUGUGUGUGUGUGUGUGUGUAAAUAUAUAUUUGCGUGUGUGUUUACAUAUAUGUUGUGUACAUAUAUGUAUACACACUCCUAUAAAUAUAAAAAAAUAUAUAUAUAUGUGUGUGUGUGUGUGUGUGUGUUUGUGUGUCUUCACAUCUGUACACAGAGAAUGACCUGUACACUAAAUAAUAAGGGAGCGGUAAAAACUGGUUGGAGCGCUCAGCAUUCCUUUUGAAUGCGUUCUCCAGCUGAACAGUCGUGGCUCGAGGCACCUUUCAUUCAUUCUCUACGUCUAGCAGCGUGAGGGAUGAUCCUGUAACUGCAGAGAGACUGUCCUGGUUAAGCUCUAUUCGGAUAGGAUUAGGUUUUAUAUGCGAAGAUUGGGGGUAAAGUAGAUAUUACUGGAGUUUUUCAGUGUUUUUAUUUGUGUGAGAAUGCACAGUCAUGUCAAUUUUUCCUGGUCUGUGCACUGCUUUUUACUCCAGGUUAAUUCUGAGCUUUUCUCAAGGAUGGCGGCUCCUACUAGACUAACCUCAUUUUGUCUUUUUUUGGCUCAAAAUGCAUCAAGAUCUUUGUUUGUUUGGCGCAGACAAAAACAUAAUGUAACUAAAAACAUAGUAUGCCUUACUUUCGCCUAUAAAAACAAAACAAAAACUUGUGAACAUAUAAUUUUGUGGCUUUUCUUAAGUAUUGGAGGCUCUUGAGUAUGGAGGCUCCUACUGGACUAACUUAAUUUUUCCGGACUAACUUAAUGUCUCCAAAUUCUUGCCCAAAUCCAUCUCAUAAAUUGCUCAAAAAUUCACCCAAAUCUUUAUUUGUUUGGCUCAGACAAAUUAAUGUGAUUUAAAACAUGGUAUGUCUUACUUUAGUCUAUAAAAAAAAAAAAAAAAAAAAAAAAAAAAAAAAUACUUGUAAAAGUUUAAUUUUGUGUCUCUUUUCGAGUAUGGAGACUCUCGAGUAUAGAGGCUCCUACUGGACUAACCUCAUCUCAUCUUAUCUCUAUAAAUUUAUUUCCAAAUCCAUCUUACAAAUGGCUCAAAAUUGCGUCAGAUCUUCAUUUGUUUGGUGCAGACAAAUAAAUGUGGUUUAAAACAUGGUAUGCCCUACUUUAGUGUAUUAAAACCAACUAAAAACUUGUUAAAAUAUAAUUUUAUAGCUUUUCUCGAGUAUAGAUCCUCUUCAGUAUGGAGGCUACUACAGAACUAACCUCAUAUAAUCUUAUCUCUCUAAAUUCAUGCCCAAAUCCAUCUCAUAAAUGGCUCAAAAUUGCAUCCAGAUCUUCAUUCGUUUGUCGCAGACAAAAUCACGUGAUUUAAAACAUGGUACGCCCUACUUUCGUCUAUAAAAACAAACUAAAAACUUGUUUUUAUAGUUAACAAAACAAAAACUUGUGAACAUAUAAUUUUGUGGCUUUUCGAGAGUGAGGAGGCUCCCGCUGGACUAACCUUAUCUUAUCUUAUAUUAUUUCUAUACAUUUAUGCCCAAAUACAUCUCAUAAAUUGCUCAAAAAUUCGUCCAGAGCUUCAUUUGUUUGGCACAGACAAAAAAUGUGAUUUAAAACAUGGUAUGCCCUACUUUAGUCUAUAAAAACAAACCAAAUACUUGUAAAAAUAUAAUUUUGUUUCUUUUCUCGAGUAUAGAGACUCUUGAGUAUGGAGGCUUCCACUAGACUAACCUCAUCUCAUCUUAUCUCUAUAAAUUUCUGCCCAAAUCCAUCUUAUAAAUGGCUCAAAAUUGCGUCCAGGUCUAGUCUGUAAAACAAACCAAAAAUCUAACCUCAUCUCAUCUUAUCUCUGUAAAUACAUAGUGUAGACGAAAAUAUAAUGUGAUUUAAAACAUGGUACGUCCUACUUUAAUCUAUAGAAACAAAACAAAAACUUGUAAACUUAUGAACAAAUUUUUCUUGAGUAUGGAGGAUCCUACUGGACUAACCUUAUCUUAUCUUAUAUUAUUUCUGUAAGUUCAUGCCCAAAUCCAUCUUAUAAAUGGCUCAAAAUUGCAUCCAGAUCUUCAUUCGUUUGUCACAGACAUGGUAUGUCUUACUUUUGUCUAUAAAAACAAACAAAAACUUGUAAUCGUAAUUUUGUGGCUUUUCUCGAGUAUAGAGGCUCUUAAAUAUGGAAGCUCCUACUGGAUUAACCUCAUAUUAUCUUAUCUCUCUAAAUUCAUGCCCAAAUCCGUCUCUUAAAUGGCUCAAAAAUGUGCCUUGAUUGUUAUACCUUUUGCGCAGACAAAUUUAUGUGAUUUAUUACAUGAUGUCCUACUAUAGUCUAUAAAAACAAAACAAAAACAUGUAAAUAUCAUUCUCUCAAAUGUGGAGGCUCCUUAUGGAGGCUCUUGCAUAUAAAGGCUCUUUUUAUAUUAAGCUUUUUAGUUCUGUGUCAAAACUCCAAAUCCAAAACAUGAGUCAAAGGACUCCGUAGAGGUGCCACACUCCUCCCAGUCUCAUCAGUUAUUGUGUAGUGUAGCCUAUAGCCAACAUAUACUGUACAUGUUUUGAACAUGAAUCUUCUAAUUGUUGAAAUUUCUAAAAAACGUAAUUUAAUUAUUGCUAUAAUGAAUCUGUGAAGUCCAUGGUAUUGUUUUAUUGCACUGCAGUGCGUAAAUCAAGUAGUUACUCCCAUCCCAGUCGUUUAUGCUGAUAUUUCUUUUGAUAUUUUUCCCGAUUUAAAACUGAUCCCGUCCGAAUAGGGUGGAACCUAAGUGGAGCCCCAGUGGUUGAGGUGCUGUUUUGAUUCUUGAAAGGUGACCUAGACAAUCGCUUAUCUUUCGGAGGCUUGCUUUCUGUGACUGUGUACCUGAAUGAUGGUAGUGUCUAUUGUGGUGUAAAAAAAACUGUUAUUUAUAUAUUUUUUGUUCUCUUUCAUCUGUCAUUUUUCUGUUUUUGUGCUGGGCUCUCCUCAGAGCUCAGAAAGAUCUUUUUUUUUCUCCUCUAUAGAAUGCAUUGAAUUGAAUUUGCUUUCAGAUGCCAGCUAUUAAGGUGACUCUAUUAAGGUGGACGUUUGUCUUGAUUUAGUUUUUUUUUAAGUUUAGUUCAAGCUGUAGCUGUUCUAUAAUACACACUGCGGCAUGCCAAAAGUCAUGGGACAGGUACUUGUCUGGUACAUUUUUUUUCCAGUAUCGUGCAGCCCUAGUCAAACCUAGACCCAUUCCUUGAGCUAACGCUUCACAAUCAGUUUACAUACUGCUAUCCCGCUAUCCCAUGACUUUUGGCAUGUCUUUGUACUUCAAGCAUUAUCACAGUGAGCCUUUACAGAAUCUUUACAGUUCAAAUCACUGUGGGCGUGUCCUUCACAGUGAUCUAAGCUCAUCAUGUUUCCAGUGGUUUACUUCCAGUGACCUCCUUUAACCUGUCUGGUUUCAGGAAGGGUCGUACCUCACUCCUCUCUUUCCUGAUGUAAAUGUGUCGUCCUGUACCUGUCUUGUGUAAUAAUGUUGACGCUGAACGUGUCCUCUGUCCUCUGUUGUGAGCACUGCGAGCUCUGGUGUGCAGUUGUGUAACUGGGGAAUUCCAGAUUAUUUUGGCUCUUUUGUGGCCUAAAGAAAAAGUUCAAAGGCUGAAAAUCAGAUUAGUGUGAUUUAUCUCUUAUCUCUUAUCUCUGAUCUUGUAUCCUGGAUCCCGUUGAUCAGUAUAGUAUUUGUAUCUUUAGUUCUGAACAGGAGGCUUAUUUUCACUAACAAUUACAGGACUUACAGUACAAGUCUGCUGGCAUUUAAAAGAAGAACUCUGGUGUAAAAUUGAUUUUUGGUGUAGUAAAACAUGAUAAAGCGUGCUAACCUUUGAUUAAUAGCCCACCUCUGCUCUCCUACAGCUUUCUGAGAUCCAGAAAUUUUAUUCAGUUUGUCCAAACACCCUUUAGACUGGAUGAUAUGGGGCAUAUUAUAGCUCCUGCAGAUAAAUUGCUGUCUUUUUUACACUGUAAUCCAGCUCAAAGUAGCUCCACACCUCCUUGCGAGAAUCCGGAGAGCCCUGAAAUUUAAAACAAAGCAUUAAAAACUUAAAAAUUGCAUAAGAAAUUUAUUAAAAAUCUCUGGACGCUGCCAUCUUAAAGUAAAGUCAUCAAUCAUCAGUACAGUGAUGGCGGCAACUAGAGAUUAGGUUACACUACUGGUUGUAAGCAGUGCUUUUUAACAAGCUUCUUGUGCACUUUUAAAGUUCGUAAUGCCUUGUUUUAAAUGUCAGAGCUCUCUACCAAUGAGGCGUGAGCCUGGAUAACGGUGUAAAAAAGCGAUUUAUCUGCAGGGACAAAAUAUGUCCCGUAUCAUCCAUUCUGAAGGUUUUUUCCCCCAAUAAUUAAUUCGCUGUGGUCCAGUUUAAAGCUUAAUAAUACGAUAUAGCAUUAUUUAAUGCAAUUGUAGUAAUAAGUAUGAAUAUAUAAUUUUAAUUUCAAGUUAACCACAGUGCCUUUGCUAAACAUUUUUAUUUCUUAAAGGAGAAAUCCAAUGUGAAAUGGACUUGUGCUCUAGGGUUGCCAGUGCAAAGAAAUUGCUACUAAUGAAGUGUGGAGCUACUCUGAUCUUGUUAAUUGUGUAAAAGUAGUGAUUUUUUUUUUGCAUGGGUAACACUAUGCAUCAGCUAAAAGUGCUGUAUUUGAGAAUGCUGGGGGAGAUAGGAGGUGGGCUUUUUGACAAAAGUUCAUACUUGUUAUGAUGUUUCACUACAACUCAAAUCAAUUUCACACCAGAUUUCUCCUUUAAGUAAUUAAAAUCCAAAUACCAGAAACGUUUUCUUUUUAUCCAAUUGGAAAAAUGGGAUCUAAAGAGUAAAACUCUGAUAUCUAGUGUGCAGAGUUUAAGUACAACACUAAAGGAACCACUUCUGACACCAAUUUAAACUCAUAAUUAAAAAUCUAUACUGUUUAAAAUUAUUAUAUUGUUACACCCCAUUUUACGCAAACAUUUGGACUUUGCAGUGUAGAGUGAACAAUAAUCAAUCAUUAAUAGUAGAAUCAAAUAGUCUAAUCUAAUAAGAUCUACAUACUGAGUACAAAUUAUAGCUGUUAGGAUCCUGAAUGGAGCUGGAAAGUUGGAAUUCCUCUUUAUACAUGAUUGUCCAGCUUUUAUGGGUCACUGCUUCAGUCAGUACUUACUAUAAAUUCUUAAUUUUAUUAGUUUUUUUGUUGAUUUUCUUUCUUUCCUCUUCCUCGCUAUAUGGUGUCAUGUAUUAUGGGAUGUCACAGAGCUUCUGUGCUCUGAUAACCAUCGAAUGUCGACGUGUAGUAAAACCAGUUCCAGGUUUAAUCGGAUUGCGUCCGUCAGUAAUAGUGGCGUAAGUUGGGAGUAUUUGGACAGGGUACAGAUGAGCUCUGGAAAAGUGCUGCUGAUGUUUUCAGAACAAGCUGCUGAACUCUGCCGCUGACAGGCUGCCACAAAUUCUUAAAACAACACGUUAGUUUUGGCAGACGAGCUGAAAAUAGUCUGGAAAAAGAUGAGUAAAGGAAAUCCUCAGCACAUCCUCUUCCCCAGUUCAGGAUCAGGAUGUGUUGCUUCUCGCUCUGAGACUCGGCCUGUCUCCAUAACUAUAUUUAUUUCGGUGAUUUACUGUCCCAAACAUUAUUGUGACAAACGAUAUUAUUGAUGUUUUAAUUAUUGACCAAAUUAUGCCAGUGAUCUAAUGAGGAUAAAAUAAUAGCAUAAUAAUGCAAUUACACAGUUUUUUAAGCAAUAAGCUGUUAAUUGUUUAAAAAAUUCCAUUUGAAAAAAUAACUGAUUAUUAAUUUUAUAUUAUAUCGUAAUGUUAUAAAAUAUCCAAAAUUCAUAAAACAAAAUUAAAUGUAAAAAGUACUGCGUAUUAGUAAGAACUUGCCAAUUCGAUAUGCAUCACAAUUAAAGGGGUUCCAAUUCAACAUCAAUUACAAUUAUUAGAAAGUAAGGAAUAGUGUAUUUUUUUUUUUUUACACGAUCAGUUUUUUCCUAAAUAGUAUCACAUUUAUAUGUUUUUUUUCCAAAUUGAACCAUUGGAUCUAAUUAUCUAAUGGGUUUUUAAAACACAGCGUACAUUACUUUAUUAAUUGACACUAAUUAAGACAUUUUUAAUACUGUGUUUUUGAGAAUCAACACAGUAUUACAAAACAAACUUUAGUUAUACUUCAAUAAACAGCUCUGGAAAAAAGUAAGAGACCACUUCAAGAAUUAUGAGUUUCUUUUACCAAUUUUUCCAAAUUGAAAACCUCUGGAAUAUAAUCAAGAGAAAUAUGUAAGAUCAAAAGCCAUCAAACCAGGCUGAACUGCCUGAAUUUUUGCACCAGGAGUAAAGCAGCAUAAAGUUAUCCAAAAGCAGUGUGUAAGACUGGUGGAGGAGGAGAACAUGAUGCCAAGAUGCAUGAAAAAAACUGUGAAUAAAAAGCAGGGUUAUUCCACCAAAUAUUGAUUUCUGAACUCUUAAAACUUUAUGAUCAUUUUUUUGCAAAUAAAUGCUCUAAAUAUUUUUAUUUGGAUUUGGGAGAAAUGUUGUCCGUAGUUUAUAGAAUAAAACAACAAUGUUCAUUUUAAUCAUCAAAGAAAAUAAUUCAGAAACUGAUGUGGUCUCUUUUUCAGAGCUGUAUAUAGGUUUUCUAUGAAUAUCUGAGAUCACAAUUAUUUAGGUACGGGUCUACUGAAGACUCAGCAUGACGUGCUGUUAGUGGAGAACCACAUCCCGCUCUCUAAACCCACUUUAAAACUGCCUCCAGAUCAGUCUGCUGAUUUCUGCUCUGCCUGUUCACUGAUCCACGUCUGGCGUUUUUUCCAGGCCCGUGUCUGUGGCCGGGUUUAGUCACUCGCCUGCUGGUUUUGUAACUUCCUCCCAGGCCGAGGCUGUUAGUAGAUGAAUUCCUGAGAAGGGCCUGGCAGUACUCCUCUCCUCUGAGCUGAAAUCCUGCGCUCAGCAUUGCCUGUACAUGACGUCUCUGCCAGGAAUGAGCGUCAUUCUUCUUCAUUCUUCUUCAUUCUUCUUAAUUGUUCUUUAUUGUUCUUCAUUGUUCUUCAUUGUUCGAGAAUCAGUGGAGCUGAGAUUCCAGAUGAAUUUCUUAUUCUUGUUCUGCGAGGAUACCGUUCCCUCUCAGUCCCACUCGGUCUCUGGGAGAUUUGAACUGAAGCAUUACUCUCACCUGUACCUUAUUUUUCUGUGUUUUUCUAUGUUUUUGGUGUUUUUAUAUUUUAAUGUUCUGGUCUGGUUCUUGCAGUCUUGCAGUAAUGGUACAAUAUGCAACUGAAUUCUUGCACAUCUGUCAUUUUUCUCUCGUUUUUGGUACUUUUAACUUAUUUAAUGGAAAUAAAACUUUAAAGUCCUUUU